UUUUGCAUUUUAAAAUAUAAAUAACUACAAUAAUAUUGGAAUUUGAUAUUUUGGUAAACAUACACAAAUAUUAGAGUAAAUUUACUUUAUUUACUUUAUUUACUUUAAGGGAAAAUAAAAACAAAAAUAAAGAGAAUAAUUUUUCAAAAUAAUGAUGGUAAGAGUGUGAAAAAUUUAAAUAAUAUAUAGACACUAAUUCAUUGAGAAUAAACUAAAGCAACUGAGGAGAACUGAAGUCCAAACAUAUAUGGAAACAAGAAGCUUAAAGAAAAAAGUUGAAAAGGAACGGAAAACAGAAAAAAUGGCUAUGGUAAAAAAAGGUUACACACAAACACAAACUCUUAUACAAAGAAGAGGCUCUGGAAGCAUAGGGGAUGAUACAAUGAAAAUUGUAGAUCCAAUUGCUGCAUUGGUAGAUGAAAUAAAAAGCUUAAGACAAGAAUUAAGAGAAAAUAGACAAGAAAUGAAAGAGGAUUUAAAAGAAUCUAUUAGAGAUAUCAGAGAGGAAAUUAAGGAAGCAAGGUUGGAAAUAAGAAAAGAUUUUAAAAAAGAAAUUGAUAAUAUGGGGAAAAGAAUGGACAAAUUUUCUUCUGAAUUAAACAAAAAUCAGAAAGAGAUAGAAAAAUUAAAAGAUAAAAAUAAUAUGAUAGAAAAAAUGACAAUGGAAAUAUCAAAAAAACAGGAAACGCAACAGUCUCUAGAUUGGACAAACGAACUAAGAUAUAGAGAUAGAUGUAUUAAAAUAAGAGGAUUAAAAGAAUCACAGGGGGAAAACCUGGAAAAAAGAAUAAUUAAACCAUUGGCCGAUUUUAUUAAAAUCGAAGAAGAAAUUAUGAAUUUGGAAAUUGAUAAAUUAUUCAGAGUUAAUUCACAACAGGCGAAAGAUAAGAAAUUGCCAAGAGACGUAGUCAUUUGUUUUGUAAGAACGAAAUUUAAAGAAUUAAUAAUACAGGAAAGUUAUGCUAACAAAUUGAUAGUAGAGGAUACAGAAAUUAAGAUUUUCAAGGAUAUUCACCCACAAAUUAUGAUUGAGAGACAGAAAUAUAAAUCAUUAGUUUUGACAUUAAACAAAAUGGAAAUAAACUAUAAAUGGGACAGAAUAGAAGGAUUGUCCUUCCUGUAUAAGCAAAAAAGGUAUAAAAUUGAUAAUAUUGAUAUAGCAAAUGAGUUAGAAGAAAAACUAAAAAAUGAAACUAAAAAUAUGAAUGAAGAGAAAAACAGUUUCAAAGAGUGGAAGAAUAGCUCAUACAGACAGGAGAGAAAGGAAAAGAGAGAAGAAAGGAUCCUAAUGAAAACUAAAGAAACUAAAGAAAACACGGGAGAAGACGAACAACUUAUUGAAUUGGAAACUGAAGAUACUGGAGAUCAAGAAUAAUACCUCCAAUAGAAGAAUGGUUAGAAAACCUAACAGAAGCUAUGGAAAUGGACAUACUCACAGCACGUAUGAGUGAUUUGAAAAUGGAAGAAAGAGAAAAAGAAUGGGAAUGUUUGAGAAGGUUUAGAGAAAUUUAUACGGAUUAAGAUUUUUUAUGAUUUGAAACUUAAAAAGUUUAUAAUUUGUGUUAAGAGAAAUUAGAAUAAAAAUGUAGAAAUCUAUGGAUUAUGCAUAAGAGAUAAGUGCAAAACUUUG